AUGGCAAGGUUUCAGAAUUUCCAAUCAAGAAUAUAUGGAGACUAUGAAUCAACUUCAGUGAAAAAUCCAAUCUCAGAUAAUCAGUUCAACAACCUGAAAUCUAUUUGUCCACUAACUGGAGGAGGAGACAAUAAUAUAACAGCAAUGGAUUACAUGACGCCUUAUCUCUUCGACAAUUCUUUCUACCAGUUACUAUUAAAAGGCGAGGGAGUUCUUAACUCAGAUCAAGAAAUGUACUCGAGUGUGUUCGGAAUUGAAACAAGAGAGCUUGUCAAGAAGUAUGCAGCCGACCUUCUUGCUUUCUUCAAGCAAUUCUCUGAUUCAAUGGUCAAAAUGGGAAAUAUCACAAAUUCAGAAAGCUUCGUCACCGGAGAAGUUAGGAAAAAUUGCAGAUUUGUAAACACAUAA